UGGUUUUGUUUUGUUUACAUUUUUGGUUCACUUUUGUUUGUUGAUUGAGUUUUUGUCUUUCUUGAUGAUUAACUUUUGACUGGGUUUUUCUUUCUCGUGAUGGAUACUCGAGCAGAAUUAACUGAAUUAAUUAAGAGACGAGAAGAGAUUGUUGAAACUCUAGCCAAUUUGGAGAGACAAAUCUAUGCCUUUGAGGGAAGUUAUCUUGAAGAUACUCAACUUUGUGGUAAUAUCAUACGAGGUUGGGAUAGAUAUCUAAGUGUCAACAGAGGAAGUAAAGGUGAAAAGAGAGGUCGAAAAUUCAAGGAAACUGAUCGACUAUUUUCCAAUUCAUCGAUAACCUCUAUGGCCACUGUUCGAGGUUUGGAGAAAGAAGGUACUGGUGGAGGAAGCGGCGGAAUUGGACCAGGUCAAAACGAAGAGCAAAGUAGUGAAGAAAAUAAUUUCUCCGGUGUUGAAGAUAAUGGAGAAACUGAAGAUGGUUCACAAUCGGUUCCAAUUGGAAGACCAUCUAAAGGAUCAAAGAAAAUUAAGAAAGCAAAUCGUCCUAGUGUUUGAAAUGGAAUUGAAACAAAAUCAAUAAAUCACCAUCAUCCUCAUUAA